AUGUCUACUGAGAAGAUUGAACACACCAUGACCGAAGAUCGCGACAGUGGCAAUGGCUCACCAUUGAGUCGUCAAAUGACCGUCGCACUCACACCUGAACAAUACGAACGAUUGUUCUUCCAGCCUGAGGGACCUAGACGUGGAGACUUUUCCAAGAGAUUCGGUAUGGUCUUGCAUGAUACCUUUGUGUGCANNUUCCCUAUGGCCGUCUUCAUCAUCUACGGAUGCCACUGGGGCAGUCUCGCAUACACUCAAGAUCCUUUCUACAACCAGCUCUCCGCUUUUGGAACUGGCGGUAGCGCAGGAGCCGAAUGGAAUGCCUCUCAGGGCUUCCACAACAUCACCAUGGUGCUCGUGUCGUUCACCUUCCUGGUCGCGACUUUCCGCGUCAACGCCUUCUUCGUCGCCACCUUCUUUGGUCUGGUUAUGAUGUUCUCUUUCAUUGCUGCUGCCGAUUUUGCUGUCCCCAACAUCAAGACUGCAGCUGAUCUCGAGCACGUCGGUCUCCUUCUCAAGAUUGGAGGUGGAUUUGGUUGGUUGGGCUUGAUCUCGGGUUGGUACUUGGCCAUUCUGACUGCUUGCGCUGCUGUCGGUAUCCCCUGCCCUCUUCCUGUGUUGGAUCUCUCCGGUGCCUUCAAGAAAGACCACGAGCACAAGGCCUAG